UUCGCCCCACUUCGCAUUGAUGAUGGGAAACGAAACAGAAAGCACAGCAGCUGGAUUCAGUUGAGAAAAGAACAAAUAAAGUAAACUUUUUAACAACGAGACGCCGAAUCACGAGACGCCCCUGACCUAUCUCUUGUCUUUCCACUGCCAAACGACCUAAUCUUUCCCCUUUUCCCUCUUCCUUCACCUUCGGUUCAGUUUCCAGAAGCCAUGAAAUCGCAACUUCUUUCUUUUCAUCAACAUUUGCCUAACCAUUCUCUCUGUGUUUUCUUCCACUGAUUCCAUAAAUUCAUGAAAACCCAUAUCCAAUUUUCAUUCUUCUUUAGAACCCAUGUCUUUGAAUCAGUUCAUGCACUUCUUAAAAUCAAUUCAUACGUUCAGGAGGAAGAUUCCUUACGAUUGUUUGUUUUGACGACAUAAACAAGCCUACAAGCCUCUGUUUCGCGUAAAUAAUCUUCAUGGCGACCUCAUGUUUUGGUUCACUUUGGAUUCGAAAAUCAAAGAGCAAACCCUUAUCAACACCUGCCUCAUUGAAAUCCCAGAAGAAUUCCGAAAUGGAAAAUAUGGAAAGAAGAAGAUUUGAUAGCUUGGAAUCGUGGUCGAUGAUCUUAGAGUCCGACAAUGUGGAAACUUGGGAGACAUCGAAAGAGGAUCAGGAGGAGUGGACCGCUGAUCUAUCUCAACUCUUCAUCGGUAACAAAUUCGCCUCCGGUGCUCACAGUCGAAUAUACCGUGGAAUUUACAAGCAGAGAGCCGUCGCUGUUAAGAUGGUUAGAAUCCCAAACCAAAACGAGGAAACCAGAGCCAAACUCGAGCAACAGUUCAAGUCUGAAGUCGCCUUGCUUUCUCGUCUCUUUCAUCCCAACAUAGUUCAGUUCAUUGCAGCCAGUAAAAAGCCGCCGGUAUACUGCAUAAUUACAGAGUAUAUGUCACAAGGAACUCUGAGAAUGUAUCUAAACAAGAAAGAGCCAUAUUCACUCUCAACAGAAACAAUUCUAAGGUUAGCUCUUGACAUAUCAAGAGGAAUGGAAUACCUUCAUUCCCAAGGAGUAAUCCACAGAGACUUAAAAUCAAACAACUUGCUUUUAAACGAUGAAAUGAGAGUAAAAGUAGCCGAUUUCGGAACCUCCUGCCUCGAAACACAGUGCCGUGAAUCGAAAGGAAACAUGGGAACUUACCGAUGGAUGGCGCCGGAGAUGAUCAAGGAGAAGCCUUAUACUCGCAAAGUUGAUGUUUACAGCUUUGGGAUUGUGCUGUGGGAGCUCACCACGGCUCUGCUUCCGUUUCAAGGGAUGACCCCUGUGCAGGCUGCCUUUGCCGUCGCCGAGAAGAAUGAGAGGCCGCCGUUACCGGCGAGUUGUCAGCCGGCGCUAGCUCACCUGAUAAAACGAUGUUGGGCGGCGAAUCCGUCGAAGCGGCCGGAUUUCAGUGACAUUGUGGUGGCUUUGGAGAAAUACGACGAGUGUGUGAAAGAGGGUCUUCCGCUUGCACAUCAUAGAAGAUUGGUAAACCGAAACGCCAUUAUUGAACGCUUCAAAGCUUGUACCUCAACCGCCUCUUCAAUACCUGUACAUGCCUGACCCGCCAUAGCCUUCCUAAUUUGAUUGGAUAUGAAUUAACAUUUUAAAUAUACAUUUUCAUAUAUUAAAUAGA